AUGACGCUGACUUCAGUGGCCAUGAUAACAGAUGAUUUUCAACCGCUUUCAGUCAUCGAGGACACUGGUUUUCCAUGUUUUGUUUCACUGUCGGACCCACAAUACUCGAUACCAAAUCGAAAAAAGUUGCGCCUCGUGAUGGAGGACGAUUACCAUAAACAGAAAGAGGCUGUAAACUUGGCCAUGGAACACUCUACUUUUGUUUCUUUAAUGACCGAUAUUUGGACCUCACUCAAUAGUGAGGCAUAUAUUGCUGUAACUGGUCAUUUAAUUAACAAUAAUUGGUGCCUGAAAGCUUUAGCUCUCGAGACAUUCCAUUUCCCGGAAAAGCAUACAGCGCUAAAUAUUAGUGAGGCAUUAGAUAACGUGAUUUCAAAAUGGAACAUUGAAAACAAAGUUGUAAGCAUCACAACUGACAAUGCCAGUAACAUGACAGCAGCCGUACAACUUAUUGACAGUGGCAACAUUUAUAUGCAACAUGUGCCUUGUUUAGCACACACCAUCAAUUUAGUUGUGAAAAGUUCUUUGAACAGCAACAGUGAGCUCUGCAUAAUGUGGGAAAAGGCCAGAGAAAUUGUUAGCCUUUUUAAAACAUGUUGCAAUGCUAAUGAAAAACUCCAUGAGAUCCAGGAUCUAAUGAAAAAACCUGUUCAUAAAUUGAUUCAGGAAACUGAAACCCAAUGGAACAAUAUGUUUUAUAUGCUACAACGUCUAGUGCAGCAAAAGAAAUGCAGUGCAGCCUGUUUAUCAUUUUAA